GUACUUUGUGUGUUGUCCAAUAAUUAACCACUGCACUGAUAAGACGAGAAGAGGGACAGAAAGAAAGAGUGAGAGGGGAAGAAAGAGGAGAGACAGCAGGAAAGACACACAUGAAACAGAGAUAUAAACUCAGCAAGGAAAAAGGACGUUGACUCAGCAGCUGCACUUUGAGGGGGAAAAAGAGGAAGAGGAAAGCUCUGACAGUGUGCUGGUGUGUGCAGCAAGUGUGUGCUGAGGCUCUCAUUUUGCUUUUCUUCUGCAGUGGUUAAAUGUACUCCAUGGAGGACACACAGGUGGCCAGGACCAUAGAGCUGAAUGAUGGCACACGAAUGCCAGUUUUGGGUCUGGGGACAUGGAAGUCCUCCCAUCUUCCCCACACCUCAGCCCAGGGUGCAGUAGAAACUGCGAUUGCAGCUGGCUACCGCCACAUAGACACCGCUUACAGUUACGGCAAUGAGACUGAUAUUGGCAAGGCUCUGCAAUGCAAGAUGCAGCAGGGCAUCAUCAGACGCCAGGACAUGUUCAUUGUCAGUAAGCUGUGGUGCACCCAUCAUGCCCCUGAGGACAUCCCUGUGUGCCUGAACAAGUCCCUGAAUGAUCUCCAGUUGGACUACCUGGAUCUUUACCUUGUGCAUUUCCCUGUUGGCUUCAAGAAAAUGGGUGAUGAGCUUUUCCCAAAGAAGGAUGGAAAAAUACUGACCUCUGACAUAGACUAUAUAGAUGUGUGGAGGGGGAUGGAAGCCCUGCAAGCCUCAGGGAAGGUGAAGAGCAUCGGCGUGUCCAACUUCAGCAUCCUGCAGCUGGAGAGACUUCUUGCUGUGUGCAGGGUGCCUCCUGCUGUCAAUCAGGUGGAGCUGCACCCCUAUUUUGUGCAGAAAGAGAUGAUAGAGUUCUGUAAAUCCAAGAACAUUGCCCUGACUGCCUACAGCCCCUUUGGCUCACCUGAGAGGCCCCCAGAGCUGAUCAAAGGAGACACUGAUCCACAUAAGAUACUGGAGGACCCAGUCGUAGCAGAUAUAGCCAAGAAGCACAAACGUAGCCCUGCACAGGUGUUGCUGAGGUACCAUGUACAGCAGGGUAUUGCAGUCAUCCCUAAGAGUGACAAGCCUCAUCACAUUCUUGAAAACACAAAGAUCUUUGACUUCAGCCUGACUGAAGAAGACAUGGGAGCGCUGAGAGGACUGGACCGAGGGUGGAAAGCCGAUGAGCUUGAUGAAAUCAAGUCUCAUCCGUACUACCCCUUCGUGUGAGGCUGCCAGCGGAGUGGAGGGAAAAGACAGCAAACUGCAUUUACUAAUACCAUAAACAUCAACCAGACUUCAGCUUCAUGCAGGCUACCUACAGUAUCAAACAAUGUAAUUUAACAUUGACUUGUUUACCUAAUAAUGAUGAAAUGUGAAGGUGAAGACAAAUAUGAAGACUAUGAAGAAGACUCUGUCUUCGACUAUGAAUGUAAUAAAUGUGAUGAACAAAUUCCAGGACAUUCAUAAGCUCUUUUCUAUUUUGUCAAAAACUGAUGGAAAGCUUACUUUUUAAAUGCCUUUCUAUUUUGAAUAAAAUACUAUAUGUUU